AUGGCACACUGCGGCCCGGCACUCGACCAAUGGGAUGAUGAGCUGCAGAGGGCUGAGUGCAAAAACUUGGGCGAAAACAACAAAAACUUCGUCAAUUGCUCCAAUUUCCACGUCUACGCAUUUUUCAUGAUGGACCCCGAGACGCGCCGCGAAGGGUUCUCACAAAUUAUCGAGCUUCUCGAAGAUCUCAUGUACAGUUGUGCCACCCAGAAUCGAAUAUUUCAAAAUACUACCGAUGAUGGGAAGUAUCCAGAAAACCGUUUCACCUUUAUGUCUGCCACCACUUCCUCGUGGACGUGUAAUAUCUCUGAUUGUGAUCUCCAGAGCCAGAUCUCAAUGGAUAAUUCGAAAUAUCCGCCUAGCUCCGAUAUCGAUAUUUUUACCGAAAUCAAAAUCGCGAUCGAUAGAGACGCGAAAGUCGCGCCGGCCAACCAAGCCACCGUCAUGUACAUAAUUUCAAAUAUUCAACCAGACGACUUUGUCCAUUACACAAAUAUUAGCUACGCGGUUAGUCAUCAGACUGGAAUCGGACACGAAAUCCAGAGGCUCAAGACACCUAUACGGCUUCUGUGGUUUCUGCGAGAUUCCAAUGCUACAGACACAUUUAAUGGAAUUCGUAAGGAAGCCGAUGGGUGGUUUGAAGACGCUUCUAUCAUCGAUUCCAAACAAUUCCCCAAUCUAAUUAAUGAAAUGUAUGUGUGCCCGGUAAAUGGAACUUAUUUUCUACCGACGCCUACAACUACCCUACCAACAACACAAACAACCCCACGAAAGCCAAGGGAUCCGGAUGCCAAUGAUGACUUUCUCAAAUGGCUACUCCCACUCAUCAUCAUACUUCUAGCAUUUUUAAUUUUUCUCUGCCUGGCGGCCAGGUGGAAGUUUUGCCCGAUGUGGCAGCCCCAUCUUCCAUUCUACAGUAAGAAGCAGCACCUGGAACGGCAUUCGCUGAGUUUGCAUGAUCAGAUUCGAUCAGCCACGCUGCAAUCAGCGAGCAGUUUGGCCGGAAUUACAGCGGUUGUAAGCCGAAGUCGAAGUGGAACCAACACAGCUUUGGACCCAUGGGAAAUCAGCUCUGAACGGGUAUUCGUAACCCAAGAAAGACUCGGACAUGGCGCAUCGUCUGAAGUUGUAAAAGCCAUCCUAAAAGGACGGCCAGCAAUUCGAGACAAAGGAUUUCCACUACAGCUAGUACUAUCCUACAAAGACGGCAGCAAUGUCGUAGCAGCCAAAUACUUGAAACCAAGCGCAUGCAUGUCAGCAAAAGCCACAUUCAUCACCGAAAUGCGCCUCCUAAAGGAAAUCGGCUACCAUUCGCAUAUCAUCCCUCUAAUUGGUAUUGUCAUUGACGGCCCUGAGAAGCUCGUCCUCACUCAGCUUUGUCCCUUCGGUGACCUCAACAAAUUCCUCAAGAAAAAGAAAAACACACCCGAAGAGCUAGUGCAAAAAGAGCGAAGAAUCAUCGCUUGGCAGAUAUCCGACGCGCUUUGCUAUUUGCAUUCCCUCAAUUUUGUUCAUAGAGACGUUGCUGCUAGGAACGUUUUUCUCUACGAACGCACUAUGGCAAAGCUUGGAGACUUUGGGCUGUGUGUCCGGGCGCCAGAAGGCCGGAUACGGGCAGGUGGCCAUCUACCUGUACGCUCGCUACCCCCAGAAGCCAUUGAAGAGAUGACAUUUGAUGAAAAAACGGAUAUUUGGUCCUAUGGGCUAUUCUUAUGGGAGCUCUACGCGGAUGGGCGAGUGCCGUACUUGGAUGUUCCAUUGAGCGACAUUCUACUCAAAUUAAAAAAUGGCCACAAGCCUCCCAUACCCGAGAAGAUGCCGGAGAGGAUUGUGGAGCUGAUGCAUGAAUGCCUGCAAAUAAACCCGCACACCCGACCAACGUUCAGUGAAAUUCGCGCAACGCUCUUUGACGUUAUCGAUUGCAAUUCCACAGAAUAUGGAUACAUCCAUAUCCAAGAUUACAAACGAUUCAGCGUU